AUGGCGCAACCCCCGAGACCUCAGGUCCAGCCCUGUCGCUACAAGACCGGCAAGACGCUCGGCGCUGGCUCAUACUCUGUCGUGAAGGAAUGUGUGCAUAUCGACACCGGUCGCUAUUAUGCGGCGAAAGUGAUCAAUAAGCGUCUGAUGGCGGGCCGCGAACACAUGGUUCGCAAUGAGAUUGCCGUGCUAAAGCGGGUGUCUAUGGGCCACCAGAAUAUCCUUACACUGGUGGACUACUUUGAAACUAUGAACAACUUAUACUUGGUCACAGAUCUUGCUCUAGGUGGAGAGCUCUUUGAUCGCAUUUGCCGAAAAGGCAGUUACUUCGAAACUGAUGCAGCGAGCUUAAUUCGAGCUGUUCUGUCCGCUGUGGCCUACUUGCAUGAUCAUGGGAUCGUUCAUCGUGAUCUGAAGCCAGAGAACCUACUUUUCCGCACACCAGAGGAUAAUGCGGAUCUUUUAAUUGCGGACUUUGGACUAUCCAGAAUCAUGGACGAGGAGCAAUUCCAUGUCUUGACUACAACAUGCGGAACACCGGGAUAUAUGGCACCAGAGAUUUUCAAGAAGAGCGGACACGGCAAGCCAGUUGAUAUCUGGGCCAUCGGUGUAAUCACAUACUUCCUUCUAUGCGGAUAUACCCCCUUUGAUCGGGACUCCAAUCUAGAAGAGAUGCAAGCAAUUCUUGCAGCCGAUUACUCCUUCACACCUCUAGAAUACUGGCGCGGCGUCUCUCAGGAAGCCCGCAACUUCAUCAACCGCUGCUUAACCAUCGACCCAACAAAGCGCAUGACCGCUCACGAGGCACUUCAACAUACCUGGAUCAACCCGCCAUACGAGGCCUUGCGCACUGGAUCUGGCGAGGAUCUAUUGCCAACAGUUAAGAAGAACUUCAAUGCUCGUCGCACACUGCACCGCGCUAUCGAUACUGUGCGCGCUAUUAACAAGCUCCGCGAGGGUGGUGGAUUCAUGAUGGAUGGUGUUAUGAGCAUUGAUCCUAAGCCUGAGCGUGUGAAUGGACAGGAGAUCACUGAAGAGACUGGACAUGCUACCCCGCCGACCUCGAAUGCUGGAAGUCCUAUGCAUAUUGAUAGUCGAGGGAAUGGGAGGGGACAAUCUGAAAUUCAGAUUCGGGAACAGGAACGCCGGGUGAAAGAGACGAUGGCUGGACUGUGGAAUCGGGGUGCCCAUGCUAAAUAA